UUUAAGCUAAACGGGCUUGAUACAACCGGCCCCAGGACAAUAACAUAGGUAAUGAGUUGUGUUGUACUUUUAUUUAGUCUCCAACCAUACAUGUAUAUUCUAUUAACUGUGAUUUAGGUAAACCGCAACAUUAGCAAUUUGACAUGCAUUGUGCUCCCGGAAUACGAUUUAAAAAAGUUAUUCAGCAUUGCAGGAAUUAGCGGUUGCCUGGAAAGUUUCGUUGUUGGUUAUGUUCUUACAGAUUCAGCCCACACGAGAGGCCGAAAAGGAGGAUUAAAUUUCAGGUCCACGUUCUCAUGCAUGUCACAUCGCUGUUCUUUGCCACAAGUAUGCAGAGAAUGCGUCGUGUGAUAUGCAUCUAUAGGCUAUAGCUUCAUCCAUACAGAGUCGUUUAAAGCGCAACAAAUUAUGAAGAGGUGAAAUUUCUAUACUUAAAUCGAUUAAUCGAUGUAUAUGUUUCGUUGGAAACUCUCCGGCGGCAUAAGUUAUAGACAUGUUGCAAAUAUAGCAACGCAUAAACGCUAUCACAGAGAAAAUGUUGUUCGUUCGACGCAGAGGUAUUAUUGUGCCAUCCAGCCACUAACAAGCCACAGUCCAUCUGAUAAACUAAGCUAUUUCUGUGGUCCAUCUGGUAAACCAUUUCUUGGCUCAACAAUUGGUCAGGUGGUAGAUCAAGCAGCUGAACUAUACCCAGAUCGUGAUGCAUACGUAUUUUGUGAAAAUGGAAGGAAAGCGACGUUCUCAGAUCUGAAAUUCAUGGCUGAUAAACUUGCUGCGGGGUUCCUAGCUCUUGGUCUUAAAAGAGGUGACAGAGUCGGAAUAUGGGGGCCAAAUGUUGAAGAGUGGAUUUUAACGCAAUUUGCCACGGCAAAGGCUGGAUUAAUUUUGGUAAACAUUAAUCCAGCCUAUCGGGCUGCUGAGGCGCAUUAUGCGCUAAAAAAGGUUGGUUGCAAAGCUCUUGUAUCUGUUUCAAGUCACAAAACGUCAGAUUACUAUGGAAUGUUAUGUGAAAUCGCACCAGAGCUACACGAUUCUAAACCUGGCUGGCUUCACAGUGAGCAUGUGCCGAUGCUUCGACAAGUAAUUAUGAUUGGAGACGAAAAUUAUAGUGGCACGCUCUCUUUCAACGAAGUGAUACAGGCUGGUGGGAAUAACGAAACGGAGGAACUUAAUGCCCUUCAGCAACGCCUGCAGUUCGAUGAUCCAAUUAGUAUACAGUUCACCUCUGGCACGACUGGUAAUCCAAAAGGGGUUACAUUGAGUCAUCACAACAUUCUCAACAAUGCUUUUCUUGUUGGUUCAACAGUAAAAUAUGCAGAAGAGCAUUCCAAAAUCUGCAUCCCUGUUCCACUUUAUCACUGUUUUGGAAUGGUUCUGGGAAGUUUAUCGUCAGUCAUCUUUGGGGCAACUGCAGUUUAUCCUUCGUCUAGUUUCGAUGCUCGGACUACACUCGCUGCCUGCCAAGCUGAGAAAUGUACGUCACUUUAUGGCACGCCUACCAUGUUCAUUGACAUGCUAAGUGAAGAGGAUCUGUCUCAAUUUGACCUCAAUUCUUUACGUACAGGUGUAAUGGGUGGUUCUCAGUGCCACAUUGAAAUAAUGAAGGCUGUUAUGGAUAAGUUACAUUUACCUGAAUUGACGCUUGCCUAUGGUUUGACUGAACUUUCUCCUCUCUGUUGUCAAACUCAAAUUGAUGAUCCUGUUGAACUUCGAGUCUCGACUGUUGGAAAAAUGCAUUCAAAUACUGAGGGUAAAAUAGUGAAUGAAAAUGGCGAGAUAAUUCCUGUGGGUGAAGAUGGUGAACUGUGCGUGCGAGGUUAUUGUGUCAUGUUAGGAUACUGGGAUGAUGAAGACAAAACAAAAAGUACCAUAGACGCCAGCGGUUGGUUACACACAGGGGAUAAAGCUUCAAUGGAUGAAGAUGGAUACGUGAGAAUUGUCGGCCGAAUGAAGGACUUGAUCAUAAGAGGAGGAGAAAAUAUCUAUCCGGCCGAAAUUGAACAAUUUCUAUACCAUCAUUCAAAAAUUCAAGAAGUUGAGGUGAUUGGCGUACCAGAUAAAAGGAUGGGUGAAGAAAUUUGCGCGUGGAUAAGAUUGAUAAAGGAUGAGACUGCUACAGCAGAUGAAAUCAAGGAAUUUUGCAAGGGAAAGAUCGCCCAUUUUAAAAUUCCUCGUUAUAUUAAGUUCGUGGAUGAUAUGCCAAUGACAGUCACAGGAAAGAUACACCCGGACAACUUUGAAGGAGCCUCGAGGCGGAUCAUCCAGGAAGAAAAAAUAUUCAGUGCAGUAAAUUGAUACCAAUAUUCCAUUACAAGAUGACUCCAAAGUACCCUCUUUUCAAAUACGACCUUCUGUUGUGAAAGUGCGUAUAGUUAUACCAUUUCAUUAUACCGUGUGUCCUAAAAAGUACCCUCCUCUUGAAAUAGUUCUUUUGUUGUUAAGGGUACUUUUUUGGGACACACUGUAAUGAUGGAACUGGUUUAGUCGUGAAUGUCAUGAACAUGCAUGCAUGUCAAGGAGGUUUCAUUUUUCAUUACUAGUUGAAAAAGAAAGAGAAAAUUUUCGGUAUCACGAAUACAUAUACGUAUAAUAACGACAAAAUGGCAAACAUGCAUCGCGGAGCGAUUUUUGUAUUGAAGAGAUUGAGGAAGAAGCUUAACGGUACGGCCAAAAAUGGUACCCGUGAUUUAAUUUAUAAUCAACGGACAGGUUAGAAAAAGAAUUGAAACGGGAAAUUGAUUGGGGGAGGGGGGGUCAGGUGGGAAAGCAUCUCUACAAAACACAACAGAGUUGGUAAACAGACUAUCAAACGCGAAUAAAAUUGUGUGAAAAAAACCAAGAGAGUUAGAACUGCAAAGAUUUUCAUUGAAAUUUACUAUACCUCUAACAAUUGAACCAUAAACAAGAGAAAAAUUAUAUUGCUACUUCCUGAUUAAUUUCCGGGAGUAAGCGUAUAUGUCGAUUUCAGUGUAUAUGGCUGCAUGUGGUGAAAUAUAUAUGGAGGAUAAAGGCAAAUAAGUGAAACAACAUGAACGGAAGAUCAUUAAUCGUCAAUGAAUACACGCAGAACUAGUGUGGUUUCAAACUGCUUUAUUU